CAGAGUCCUCAAGAAGAGGCUCACCACAUUCAAUAUCUCCUCGAAGGUCUCCAAGAAGAUUUUCUUCACCAAGACCCUCUCCUAGCGUUGAUGACUCAAUGGCCAAGUCUUCAAGAAAAGACGGAAGUAGCUUUCCAAUUUCUGAAGAAAGAUUCCAAAGAAAAGUUAUAAGCUUAUUAGCAGAGAUAAGGAUGGAAAUCCGGGACCUUAAACAAAAAAUGGAAAGUGAUUCAUCAUUGGCUGAAGAAGGAGGAAUUCCUUUACAGACCACGACAAUAGAGGAAUUAGAAGUCCUUGAAAAUUCUCUUUCUUCUUCAGAUGAAAGAAAACGAUUGAUCAGAGUUUUGAGCAGAGUGGGAGGGAGUAAUGUUGGAGAAUGUGCCAGAAGAAUUUUGAUGAAACUGAUGACAUAUGAUGUUAUGGCCGGCUUCAGUCUGAAAGGGAGGAAAAGAAAGAGGUCGUUCCAAAACCUGAGAUUGUUUCAGGUCACAGUUGAUGCAAUUGUGAAAACAGUUAAAUGCACGGAAGUAGCUGCAGGGGCUGCCAUAUCGGCAGCAUUGAAGUAUGCACCAGACAGGAGAGGGGGUGGUGGAAGGGGCGCAAAUUAAGUGUCCAGCUAUGAAAGUCCAUGCCCCCAGAUAAAGACUUGGAUGUGACGUCAUUAAUAUCUUAAAUCGUGAACUAUUGAUCAAUUUCAUUAUUGAAAAGAAAACCCUAUUUUUAGCUCGUCUCUUGAAGGGAGAGCUUCUUUGGUAACCCUAUCAGUUUCAAAUUCCAAUGAAUACAUUUUGGGGGAAAAGUGUAUUUUUUAAAGAAAGUUUUGACUUGGUUUGACGUCAAAAGCCAGAUAUGUUUUGUAAUAAUGAUAAUUUAAAUGCUUUCUACCAUGCGAAACCUAAUUUUAACUAAUCCAACCUUUAAAUAUUGCUAUACAUGUAUUGCAAUAUAAUUUGAAAUUGGCGAACUCUCUCCCUAAUUCUAGUGUGAAGUAUUUAGUCAUAUACAAUGUGAGGCGAGAUUUGUUCCGGUGAUGUUACUCUUGUUUGUAUUUUAUGUGAUAUUAUUAUGGCGACUUUGGUAUGUAACCAAAAGAAUUUUUCAGCAACAUUACUAAAUGUUAUUUCAGAACGAAAA